AUUGGAAGAAGAUCCCCCGCAGGCGAAAUCGUGGAUCAACGCCAAUUUGCCUCCGCCGGGGCCGAGGUUUGGUGUUUUUUUCAAGUGCUCUAGAUGCCUUCGGCGCCUUCAAAAGAUCGCCAUCUACCCCAGUCGUCAAUCAACCCCGUCUGCCUUCUUUACCCCGGCAGAUAGAUACAUCAUGGACACGUUAACCGUGGCCACCGUGUCGCAGUGGUGGCAGACUGCCAUCGACCGGCUCCCCGAGAACGUCCACCGCGCUCUGCUGCAGCAACAGUCGACUCAAUUGGCCGCCGGUGCCAUCUUUGCGCUGGCUGCUCUUUAUGCUCUUAAUAAGAUCCUGUCGCGCUGGUCUGUCAACUGCCAGAGGUCGGAUCCCUGGAAUCCCAAGAACGAGCUGGUCCUCUUGACCGGAGGCUCCAGUGGCAUCGGAAAGCAGAUCUUGGAGGAUCUGUCCAAGGUGAACAUCAAAGUCGUCGUGCUAGACGUGCAGGCGCCGACUUUUGAGCUGCCUUCCACUGCGUCCUUCUACCAAUGCGACAUCACCUCCACAGCAAAUCUCAAGGAGGUUGCCGCUGCGAUCCGCCAGAAACAUGGCCAUCCGACCAUUCUCAUCAACAAUGCCGGGUUCGGGCGUGGAGGGACGAUUCUGGACGAGUCCGAAUCCGACAUCCGUCGCACCUUUGAAGUCAACACCAUCUCCCACUUCUGGACCGUCAAGGAAUUCGUGCCGGACAUGAUCCAGAAGAACCACGGCCACAUCAUCACCAUCGCUAGUCUGGCCAGUUUCAUCGCUCCAGGGGAGAUUGUCGACUACAGCUGUACCAAGGCCGCCGCGCUGGCUUUCCACGAGGGUCUGACGCAGGAACUCAAGCAUUGGCACAAAGUGGGCAAAGUCCGCACCAGCAUCAUUCAUCCGCUCUGGGUGCGCACGCCGAUGAUCUCCAUCCUCACCGGCGCAGGCGGCCAUUUCAAGCAGCGCCUCUUGACCCCCGAGAUGGUCUCUUCCGCCGUUGUCAAGCAGGUCGUCACCCAGACCAGUGGACAAGUUAUUCUUCCGCUGUCACAUGUUCCCCUCGCCUUCCUCCGUGCGUUGCCGACGUGGAUGCAGGAAUUUGUCCGCGGGGUGGCCUCGAAGGAUUUUGUCAAGCUCCGUGAACUGGAGAAGAAGGGACUGGUCCAGGUGCCGGCUCCGCAGCCUCAGGCCAAGUCGUAGUCGACGAAGUCAUUGCUGUCUUAUUCUGAGCAGGUAGCGUGAGCACAGCUGUGGGGUUGGUUGGCAUGAACAAUGUAGAUGCUUAUUGAUGGGAUAUAUAGAGAAGAUGCCUACAUAAGACCUGUCUCGACAGGAAUCUACAUAUACGCGUUCAUUGAAGUCGACUCGAGC